AUGGCCCAAAACACGGAAACAACAGCUCCUGGUGCGGCUGGCGCAGCUCUCUAUAGCCCAUUCAUUUUGACAUUUUAUGAUCUCUGGGUACUCACUCUAUCCAAUUCAUUUGCCUGGAAUUGUCCCACAAAAAGUGUACAGCUACCUUUCUUCAAACGGUUCAUUGGAAAACGCCACCUGGACAUUGGCCCUGGCACCGGCUACUACCUCGCAAACGCCGAUAUACCAACCAGUACACAGGUCACAUUGCUGGACCUCAAUGCGCAUUCCCUGGAGUUUGCAAAGCAACGUCUCGGCAGACCCGAUAUUGAAACCGUUCAGGCGGAUGUCACACAGCCAAUCCCAGUAACUCAACUUUAUGACUCUAUUUCGGUCUUCUUUGUCAUUCAUUGCCUCCCUGGCCCAUCGCAGGGCAAGGCCCAGCUGUUCACAAAUCUAAAGCCACUUCUUUCCAAGGAUGGGGUAGUUUAUGGGACAACAAUUCUUGGGAAGAACGUUAGGCAUAAUUGGUUUGGAAGAAUAUUGAUGAUGCUUUAUAAUGGCAGGGGCGUCUUUAGUAAUUGGGACGAUGGGGAGCAGGAAAUUCGGGAAGCUAUUUGCAAAAAUUUCGAGAAAGUGGAAACCAGGGUAGUCGGGCGCGUGCUGUUGUUUUCAGCCUCGCAACCUAAGCUUUCGCGUUAA